AUGCCCAUCGCGGAGCUGCCUGUCUGCUGGCGGGUGUCCUCCGAGCAGAGUGGCACCAGCUCGGAGCCCGCACUGCUGCCAUUCCCGGAGAUCCGCCUCUCCAACGGGCCCAGCCGGUGCCAGGGCCGAGUGGAGAUCUUCUACAAUGGCUCCUGGGGGACGGUGUGCGAUGACGACUGGGACCUCGUGGAUGCCAACGUUGUGUGUCGCCAGCUGGGCUGUGGCCACGCCAUCACCCUCCCUCCUGCCAUGGCCUUCGGCCAAGGGAGCGGACCCAUCUUCCUGGACAACGUGGACUGCAAGGGCCGGGAGGUGGCCUUGAGCGAGUGCUGGAGCCAUGGAUGGGGCAUCCACAACUGCUACCACUAUGAGGAUGUGGCUGUCGUAUGCAAUGAGCUGUCACCCACACAAGCCAGCGAAGGACCGACAAGCAGGACCCUCACAGCCUCAGUGCAGGAUGGGGAAAGCGACGGCAGCAUCCGCCUGGUGAGAGGGACCGACUCCUGCCAGGGCCGGGUGGAGAUCUUCUACCGCGGGAGCUGGGGCACCGUGUGUGACGAUGACUGGGGCCUGAGCGAUGCCAGCGUGGUCUGCAAGCAGCUGGGAUGCGGCCAAGCCCUGGAUUACAAGAGCAAUGCCUAUUUCGGCUACGGCACGGGGCUCAUCCUGCUGGACAACGUCAACUGCGAUGGCAGCGAGCCCUUCCUGUCCGCCUGCUACAGCCUCGGAUGGGGCAUCCAUAACUGCGGACACCACGAGGAUGCUGGGGUCAUCUGUGCAGGGCUGGACACGUCCACCAUCACGUCCUUCACCACCUCGGGGACCCUGGACUAUGAGGAGACGUUCACUGCCACGGCCACAGCAGUGACAGACAGCAGGGACCAGCCCUCCGAGGCCACCGAGGUGCUCACCACCGCUCUCCUCACCAUCGAGCAGGAAAGCACCGGCGUGCGGCUGUCGAGCGGCAACGGGAGCUGCCGCGGGCGGGUGGAGGUGCGGCACGGCGGGACAUGGGGCACGGUGUGCGACGACGACUGGGACUUCCCGGACGCGGCCGUGGUGUGCAGGCAGCUGGGCUGCGGCCCCGCUCUCGCCGCCACCGUGCUCGGCUCCUUCGGCUACGGCAGCGGGCCCGUGCUGCUGGACAACGUGGGCUGCGGAGGCGGCGAGGAGCGGCUCCAGGACUGCUUCCACCUCGGCUGGGGGCAGCACAACUGCGGGCACCACGAGGAUGCCGGAGUCAUCUGCCAAGAUCCUGAUGAUGCUGGAGACCAUUCCCAAGAAGCCACCACUACAACCACCACGCUGACCUCAACUCGUCCCAAGGAUGGGUCCCUGCGCCUGGUGAACGGCAGCCACCGGUGCGAGGGGCGCGUGGAGCUGUUCCUCCUGUCGCAGUGGGGCACGGUGUGCGACGACGCCUGGGACCUGCGUGACGCCGGGGUCGUGUGCCGGCAGCUGGGCUGCGGCCGCGCCGUGGCGGCCUGGGGCGAGGCGCGGUACGGGCAGGGCACCGGGUACAUCUUCCUCGACAACCUCAAGUGCCAGGGGCACGAGGCCUCGCUGCUGCGCUGCUCCCACAUCCGCUGGGACGUCCACAACUGCGACCACUCCGAGGAUGCCGGUGCUGCCUGCAGCAGCCGGUGAGCGCGAGCAGCGCGGAGCAGUGAUGCAGGGGCUGGAUCUCACACCAUCUGCAGCCCCAUCCUGCUUUGCUGCUGCCCAGUAUUUCUCCCUCGUGCCCAUUCCACCUCCUAUUUCUUCUGCUGAGAUUUCCCUUCAGCACAGCCAGUCUCUGCCUCGUUUUCCUAUGGUGAAAAUCCACAGGGAAAACCCUAAAUCCCUUCCCAGCACAAGGAUGCUGAGCCCAGUCCCUUCCCCAGCAUCACGCCUUUGUGGUAAGGGCUGUAUCCCUCCCAGAUCAGGUGGAAGGACCCAUCCUGCAGCCCCAUCGCUGCGUGUGAUGUCUGAUGGACACCAACAAAAUGACCUUCCUGAUUCCAUGGAUGGGGUGUGAGGGUGGGAGUGGCUCAUGCAGAGGCAGGGAGCGGGUCCCAGCUGCUCCCUCUGCCCUGCUCACUCC